AGUCACUAUGUAACUAGUGUGUCCGCAUGUGUGUGCUAUGUGUGUGUAGUAUGUUCGCCGGCUCACGUGGAUGCCCCUAAACACCUAUCGAGGUUUGACGGACUUCCUGAAAGUAGUGCCGUGUUGUAGGUGCGCUCGUUGUAAACAGAUGAGCUCCUAUAUGUUUCUAUCGAAGGCUCAGAUACAAUAUAACAACAUUUUUAUUUUAUAUCAUAUCGGCGGUUGUCAAAGAACACAGUGGGUGGAUUUUGAUCCGCUGCGUGAGGUUAUUAUGAGCCCCUGCGUCUUUCAAAUAUCCCUCCGCUGUUUUUUGUCCCCUUUCAGACUGUUUUGGUCUUUUUGCUGUUAGCAACGGAACGAACCCGAGAUAGCAGUAAACCCUAUUUUGAGAUAAUUAAAUUUUUUGUUAGAGUCACACAACAAACCGACAAGGGGUGUAACGCCCCUGUUUGUUCAGGACGAGCGAUUGGCACGUGUUGUCUUUUUUAAAUUUCAUUCUUUUUUUGUCUUAAUAGCAAAUGUACGGAGUGCUAAUUUCGCUAGCCACCGUUAGCCAGCUAGCCUCUUAGCAGCGCAUCUUCCUCGGGAGGCACGUUGACAUUAGCCCGCCAGCUAGCUUGGUCUCCGGAUCGCUAACGUUAGCGAGCUGUCACGCCACCAACACGCCCGUUUUGUCUUCCAAGAAAUUGCGGCGUGAAGCUGGUCGUUUUAAGACGCCGUCUUUUAUGGGAUCACCAUGUCAAUGAAGGCCGGUGGAAAUCGCAGCAAGCCCGGCGGUGGCAGCGCCGCUGGUGCCCCUGCCCCUGGUGCCGGAGGAAGCGGCGGGGGACGACAGAAUCUGGGCAGGGGAAGACACAGUGGUAAAGGUCCUGCAGCAGUCAUUUUCAAUGGUGUAUAUGCAAAUAUGAGGAUGGUCCAUGUCUUGACUUCAGUGGUGGGGACCAAGUGUGAGCUGAAAGUGAAAGAUGGUGCAGUCUAUGAAGGAGUGUUUAAGACAUAUGGUCCAGAGUGUGACCUGGUGUUGGAUGCAGCCCACAGUAAGAGUCCUGAGCCGAGCAUAGGCCCCAGGAAAGAGGAUAUUGUGGAGAGCAUCAUUUUCAAGGCCUCCGAUGUGGUAGUGGUGACCUUCAAAGAUGUGGAUCUGAGUUUCGCCAGGAAAGUCUCCUCUGAUACAGACAACUUCACAGAUGCAGCAGUGAGUGGUAGGAUCAAUGGCGAGCACAAGGAGAAAGAUCUAGAGCCUUGGGAUGGUGGAGAGACCCACAACUCAGACAGCCUAGAGUCUCUGGAUACAGAUGUGUCAAAUGGGUGGGACCCCAAUGACAUGUUCAAGUACAAUGAGGAGAAGUAUGGAGUGAUGUCUACAUAUGACAGCAGCCUGUCCACAUAUACGGUCCCCCUGGAGCGGGACAACUCAGAGGAGUUUCUCAAGAGGGAAGCGCGUGCUGCCCAGCUGGCCGAGGAGAUUGAGGCCAGUGCCACAUACAAGGCCCGCGUGGCCCUGGAGAAUGAUGAACGCUCCGAGGAGGAGAAAUACACUGCAGUGGUUCGAGGGGAGAGGGAGCCUCACACGCUUAGCAGCAGAGAGAACAAGUACAUUCCUCCAGGUCAGAGGAACAGGGAAGCGAUGUCUUGGGGACCAGGACGUCAGAAUACACCUCGUCUGGCUCAGGGCUCAGCCGGGCCCUCGACCCCUCGACCUGGACCUCAUGACUACAGUCCCAACUCCGGGGCCGACCAGAGGGUCGUUAAUGGAGGUUCAUCCCAUUGGCCCUCACCCUGUCCGUCUCCUUCCUCCCGCCCCCCCUCUCGUUACCAGUCUGGCCCCUCCUCCCUGCCUCCUCGGGCGGCCACGCCCACCAGGCCACCCUCCAGACCCCCCUCUCGACCCUCCAGGCCUCCCUCUCAUUCAUCCCACCCCUCCUAUCCCUCCUCCUCAUCCUCCUUUUCUCACCAUGGGCCCACCUCGCCAGCCUCCACUCUGCCCAAACGCAUGUCUUCAGAAGGUCCACCCAGGAUGUCUCCGAAAUCCCAGCGGACACCUCGUGCUCACAGAGUUCCACCCUGCCGGACAACUGGCAUCCCCCCAGGAGUGGACUUAAUUUCCCACAAUGCACCCGGAGAGGUCCCGGUGACUACACCAAGUAGGAGCAGCUCCUCAUGGUCUUCAGUAGUUAGCGGAGCUCACAGACCUCGCUCCCCUCGUCAGAAUAGCAUGGGUGGAGCCUCUCCUGGCUCCUCCUCCCUCCCGUCACCUCAGACAGGAAUAGCUCCUGUGGAAACUGUCGCCACACCAACAUCAGCUUCCUCUCCUACUGCUGCUAGUCCUGCUCCCAACAUGGUCGCCUCUCCAACAGGAGAUGCAAAAGAUUGUCGUGUUCAGGAGACAAGACAAACAUCCCCCACAGCAAACAAGGAGAACAUCAAGCCUUUGGAGAGCUCGCCUAGUAUCCCCAGACCAGUCUGCAAAGGACCCCCUUCAAUGGCACCAGACCACAGAAAACAAAUAGAUAAUUUAAAGAAAUUUAGUGUAGAUUUUAGGUUGCAGUCUAGUUCAAACCCAGACCCUGCCUUUGACCAGAUGAUGACCAAGCCACCCAGAGAUCCAGCAGACAAGCCUAAAGAACUUCCCCUGGACAAAACCUCUUCAGUGGCGCGGGAGGGCAAUGAAGAGGGUGUUGUAGUGAUUGCUGCUGGAACCCCCGCAGGUGCCCCUGCUCCUUCCACUGCCAACACAAACACCAGUAAGCCUGGCAGCCCUGCUGCACUGUCCCCGUCUCCCUCAGCCCCAGACCUAAAGAGGGCAGGGCUGGAUGUGGCAUCACAGGGAGUUCAGACGACGGCCACAUCCACAUUCAGUGGAGCCAAGCAUGAAGAGAAGGAGGAGAAAAAGGAGGCUGUACAAGAUCAAGUGAGAAAAUCAACCCUGAACCCAAACGCCAACGAGUUCAAACCCAGGUUCAAUACACAGCCCAAACCAGCCAACACCCCGACACCCCCUCGUCCUCAGGGCCAGCCCAGCCCCUCCAUUGUUGUCCAGCAGUCACCGGCUGUCUACAGCCAGACGGUCUGCUUCCCCCAAAUGUAUCCACUCACACCCGUCAGCCCGGGAGUGCAGAAAAGCAUAAUAUGGAAGUCUCCAGCUAUGUACCAGGUGCAGAUGCCUCAUAUGACAGUCAGCCAAUCUAAACCCUACAGACCAGGUAAAGGACAGUUCAUGCUGUCAGCCCAUAUGCAGUCUGGUUUAGUUCAGUCUCACCACCCGGCGCCUACCCACCCUCAAAUGAUGCUGAUGGCUACCCAGGGUCCUCCAGGGGGUCCGCAGCCACCCAUGCCUCAGACCGCCCUCAACCCCAUCCCAGUUUCAUCCACCACACAUUUCUCCUACCUGGCACAUCCACAAGUGCAGCCUCAUCAUCAUCAGCAGCAGCUGUAGACAGAUGGCGCCAGUGAGCUGAGGGACCCGCUCUGCGUCCGCGCUCCUCAACCAGAGCCUCCAUAACCGGGCGAUGAAGAGAACGAGAGCCCCGCCCUCUCCUCUCUUUCCUCAUCCUCACCAGACAUGCUUCACAUCAGCUUUUCUCUUCCCUCCCUCCCUCCCUCCCUCCCAGACUAGGCAAUAAGAGAAUGUUAACAGGUUGAUGCAGUGACAUGUUUUAACGUGCUAGAGUUUUAACGGACAAGACUCCUCCUAUUUAACCCCUGUUCAACCCCUGUUCACAUGCAGAUACACACACACAUGCACACAAACAAAAUAACCACACACACACUUUCAGGGGUCCCAAAUUGCAACUUCGAGUCAGCUUGCCAAGUAAAAGAGAAUGAGAGUAACUAAUCAGUGAGAGUGGAGAACGAAAAUUCAACUGGAACUUGUAUUUUGUCUGCACCUUGUUUAUGGAAAAAAAAAAAAGAAGAAUCUUCCAACUUUUAGACAGUAUUAAUCUUACUGUUUAUUGCUGCUGCUUUGUGCUGCGUUUGUUUCCAGACUACAUGACACGUUUCUAACCAAACUAAAAAAAAAGAAACAUGACAAGAAGCUUCCUGUGAAAUGAACACGUGUUGGCAGCCAAGAGGACAGGAGGAGCGUUAUUUAUGAAACUAUGAUGGCUGAGGUGAUCAGAUCCCACUUCUCACCUGACCCUUAUGUAACUUUUAAGUUAAAACUUUUACUUUGUAGAUAAUAUAAAUAAUUUAAAAAAUGAGCAAAAAAA